UGAAUAAUUGCAACCUUGCAUGGGUACAAAUCAACCCGGUUAAAAUUGCAUUUUCACUGCAGUCAUUAUUUCCUAAUUGUCAGUUUGUCGGAAAAUUGUUAAUAUAGAUUUUAGCACAGAAAUUUCAACAUAUUAUUGCUAAAUAGAGAGGAAUCAAUAUUUUUUAAUAAUGGAGGCCGUGCCGCGUCUUCAUAUGUUAUGGUUUGUUCUGAAAACCAGCCCAUCUGGCACUUCCUUCGCCAAUCUAAAAAAGUACAUAGCAGAAUUUUACCAAGAAGACCCUGAGGCAUACACCAAAGAAGUUUUCGCUUUAGAAACCCUUCGAAACCAAGCUUUACAUCCCGGUAAAGAUAAAUGUACAAUCCUAAAGCGUUACUAUUGUCAACUACAUUCGUUACAAAACCGAUUCCCCCAAUUGGCUGAGCGUAGCAUGUUCACCUUCACUUGGAAAGAUCUAUACCAAAACAAUGUAAACGAAUUUACAGAAUUGCGCUACGAGAUGGCCGCUGUUCUUUUCAACAUCGCAGCUUCUCACACACAAAUGGGUGCAUCAGUGACGCGCGGAGACGUGGACGGCAUGAAAUUGGCUUGUACACAUUUUCAAUGUGCGGCUUGGGCUUUUGGCGAAUUGCGUGAACGUUAUAGUAAUGUAAACGGCGGUGGCGAUUUCAUGGCAAAUGAAUUGCUGGUUUUCAUGCAACAAGUUUCAUUUGCUCAAGCGCAGGAGUGUAUUUUAGAAAAAUCUUUGAUAGACAAUCGAAAACCAAAUAUUGUGGCUAAGGUUACAGCACAAAUAGUUGUUUACUAUGGCGCUGCAUUAGCCGCCCUACUAACAGGUGGUGAUGACGGACCAGUAGCACAAGUGGUUGAUAGCUCUGUAUUUAAACUUUGGAAAAAAUAUGUGCGCUUCAAAAUAUCCUACCUUAACUGCAUAUUAUAUUUGUAUCAAGGACAACAUGCAGAAGAGCAACAGAAAAUGGGUGAAAGAGUGACACUUUAUCAUGCUGCUGCGGAUAAGUUAGAAGAAGCUCGUAAAGAGUCUAAGGGUUUACCGGAUCAAAAGGAAAUUAACGAAUCUCUUAUAUUCACGGCAGAUGUUGUGGAAGGAAAACGAAAAAACGCUAAAAACGAAAAUGAGUUUAUUUAUCACGAAGCUGUUCCGGAAUUGUCUUCUAUAACCGCAAUACAAGGAGCAAAUUUAGUAAACGGUACAAGUUUCAGCGUCACCGACCCAGAGGUAGCUGGAGAAGAUAUCUUUGCACGCCUCGUACCGAUGAAGGCACAUGUUGCCAGUUCGUUAUAUAGUGAAGAAAAAGCUAAAUUAUUGCGUAAAUUUGGUUCUAGCAUAGAGGAGAAAGAUGCGGAACUGGCAAGUUUCAUGAGUUCCCUGAACUUGGAUAAUCUUAAUAUUAAUGAGGAAAAGGCCAACAAAAUUCCACAAGGAAUUAUUGAUCGAUGUGCAGAGUUAAAUGCAAAUAAAACAGCAAUACCAGAUCUAAUUUCCGCCAUGUCCCAAUUAGCUGAGAUAUGUACCGAUGUAGAAUCAAAUCUGAAAGAGAUUUCCACAAUUCUCGCCGAAGAAGAGAAUCAAGAAAAUGAAUUCCAAAAGCUUAUUGGCGUGCAACGAACGCCUAAUCCACACAUAACCGAACUGACGCGUGAAUUUCAAAAAUAUACCGAAGCGCAUGCGCGCGCCGGUGAGUCUAAUGACACUCUAAGGAAUGCAAUGGAGUUACAUGUGAAUAAUUUGAAAAUACUAUCGCGCCCUUUAAACGAGAUACAGCAAUCUGUACCGAAAUUAAGUGCGGAACUUAACACAACAGAGCUUUUCAAAGAUGUUAAAUUAAUUUUAAACAAAGCUAAUGAAAUGAAGGCGCAACGUUCACAAUUUCAUGCUGAUUUACGUAUCUCAGUGAAUGAGGAUGAUAUCACCGCUAAAGUAAUUGCACAUGGCAGCGAUGAGGGUCUCCAACUUCUCUUUGACCGCGAAUUAGCCAAACAUGAACGUAUUACACAGCUUUUGGAUCAAAACAUGCUCGCCCAAGCGAAUAUUUUACAAGCGUUGACAGAAGCCUAUGCCAAAGCUGCGCCAAUACUGAAAACUCUUACUGAUGUUAAGCAUAAACGUGAAGCAUUCUUUUCAUCUCUAGCAGCUUCAUACGAUGUAUACGAAGAUUUGUUAGCCAAAUCUGCAAAGGGUUUGGAAUUUUAUAAAAAGUUAUCAGGAAAUGUUCAAAAAUUGUUGACCCGGUUGAAAGCAGCACGUGAUGUGCAAUCAGAGGAACGUCAGCAACGACUUAAAAACCAGCACACAACAGCCAAUCCUCCCACAAAUACUGCAAAGGCCGUCACAACAAUAAUUCCGUCUGCUACAACAACAUCAAUAACACCCAAAUUGCGUGAUUAUCUGAAAUCUAAAAACACCACAGCAAGUAGCAUAGCUGCAGCCGGCAUGUCCGAUGGUAUAUCAAGUAACACAGCGCAUCAAAACUCUCAAUACAUACCACCAGUUCGCCCGAAUCCUCUAGGUUCAGAAAAUCCUACGCAAGCUGUUUGUUCCUCCGGUAAUCCGUACACUGGGCAUGGAAUAAACCCUACCGGAGCUGUACCUGCAGUAGCGCCUAACGAACCGCCACCCCCAUAUAGUUUGCAACAACAACAAUAUUAUGAUCCGAACAUAGCGGGUUAUACAAAUCCAAUGUACCAGCAACAACAACAAAAUAUUGCUCCGCCUGCUUACAAAUUGCAAGCAUCUCCAAACUCUCAAUUUGCAAAUGUAAAUGCAAAUGUACCAAAUUUAACUGGUAGUUACAAUAGUACUCCCGGGAUAGGACAAGCUCAGCAACAACAGCUUCUGUACCUCCAACAACAACAACAUCAGAUGAUGCAGCAAGCUGUCGGUGGACCUUCUACUUAUGGACAACAGUCGUCAUCUCUAAAUCCUAUGAGAGGUUAUGGACCAAAUGCAAGUACUUUAAUGUCAACGCAACAAACCUUAGUAGCAGGUUCAAACAUUCCACCGGCUGCUGGCCAUACCAGCAACACAUACUCAUAUAAUACUAACACUGAUGCCACAAAGCCUUUUGCCGCACAAUCUUCGGCAAACGGAGCUUUUGCCACUUCGCAAACUAUAAGCAGUGCAGCGGCAUCUCAGCAAACAAAUAACUAUACUAAUCAAUUGACCAAUGUUCAGCAACCGUAUUCCCAAGUGGCAGGAGCAAACUUAAGCGCACCCACGUCACAUCCCUUAUAUGUAGCAACUACACAAUCGGAUGCUGCCCAAGCGGUGCCUAGCACAGCACCGCUGUCGCUACAAGCGCCGUAUGUGGUGAAUAAUUGGCAGCAAUCGCCUUAUUUGGGAGCAGCAGACAGCAGUGCGGCGGCAUCUCAAUGCCAGCUGAACAAUACUUUCCAGCAGCAGCACCAGCAGUUUCCACAACAGCAGCAGCCUCAGUUACAUCAACAAUUCCAAAGUCAAUCACAACAACAAAUGCAACCUCCGCAGCAACAACAAUCUGUUUAUCCACAUGCUAACGGCACAGUUAAUGUUACCAAUAGUGAAAGUAUUUCAAUUCCUGCAUCAGCUCAACCGGGAGUUCAGAUCACCUCUGAUACACCAAACGUUGCAACUAAUAUGCAGCCUUAUUCUACGGUCACUAAACAUCCUGGCUAUAGCUACAAUCCACAGACGGGACAAUAUGAAUACGGCAGUGGUUAUCAACAGGCAAAUAAUAAGUACUAUGGGAAAUAUACAUCAUCAAGCACACCACAAUCAGUUACCGUUGGCACGACUGAUUCAGAGAAUGCGACCAAGAUAAACGUGGCAACUGGUUUUGAUUCACCCAUUAUAUCCCAUACUAAACAAACUGUGGCACCGGUUAUUGAAUCGACGGCCGAUGCGCCGAACACAGAUAAAUCGUCUAAUUUAAGUUACUACUCCGCCCCGUAUGGUUAUCAGAGCCAAGGCAUUGCCUCGCCUUACGUCUUACAACUGCAACAGCAACAGCAACAGCAUCAACAACAGUCACUAGCUGCGGCACAACAACAGCAGCAACAGCAAAAGCCGCAACAAACCAAUUACCAACAACAACAUUCCACUUAUAUACAAAGCGGUGCUGCUUCCAUAGCAGCCACCCAAACAACAAAAAGCGCCUCCGAGUACUCCUUCGGUGCAACACAAGCGGCAGUGACGCCAAAGAUAGAGACCCCCACACCUACAAAAGAUGCAAAGUCUGGAACAACUGCAACACAGUCUAACGUUGAGACAAAACCCACUGCGAAACCCGUUAAAAAGUCAACCAAUAUUGAUUUGCUGACUGAUAUAGAUUUUUCUAGCGCUGGGCUAGCCGUACCACCGCCCAUAUUGCCGCAGCCUGUAUUGAAGCCAGAAAUAGUAGCGAGUCCGCCAAGUAGCCAAGUGGCCGUUGAAGUGAAGGCAAAAGAAGAGGUACCCCCUCAGAAACACUCCACAACAACACUAGCGGCGCCAAUAAGUCCAACCAACCUGGCAGAGGUGUCAACAAUUCCAACCGCUCAGCAUUCACCACCGCCAGCAAAUGCAAAAACCGGAGCUUCGCCUAUUAAUUCGCCGGCUACACGAAAACCCAGUUUUGACAACCUUUCCAUUUGCUCUGACUUAAGUUCGCUCGAUACGAAUUUUGAUUGGGACUCGGUUUCUGUGCGUAACGAACAGCCAUCAGAUAAACAUUCCAAUUUGUCCACAAAUUCCACAACCUUCCAGUUAAAAUCUUUUGAUCCAUUUAACGAUGACAAAAUUUUGAAAUACUUCCACAAAGAGGUUGAGCGUUACGAGAAGAUAAUCGAGAGUAUUAAUGUGAAAAUGCUAAACGGAAACACCCAAUUGUCAGCGAAAUGGAAGGAGCUGCACGAUCUACUUGCUAAAGAGACCAAUAAGCGUACAACAAGCAUUGCUAAAUUAUUUCCGGAAAAGAAUCGCUCCCUAGACUGUAUUCCAUACGAUCAUGCUCGGGUAAAAUUGGAUAAAGACACGGACGAUUAUAUAAACGCCGCAUACAUCAAGAAUCUUGGGACUGGCUGCCCAAACCUGAUAAUAGCACAAACACCGCAACAAAACACCAUCAAUGAUUUUUGGUCUAUGAUUUGGUCACAAAAAGCGCGUACAGUUUGUUGUUUGCAUACGCCAAAUGAGAUGUUGGAUCCUUACUGGCCACAGGAAUGUGAAGUUGAAAACCAUUACGAUGAUUUUACUGUGAAAUGUGUUAAAGUGACUACUUUGUCGCAUUGCGUGGAAUAUAACCUAAAAUUGUCGAUGCACGGGGCUGAUGCGAUAAUCAGUUUAUCUGUGCUGCAAAUUAAAGCUUGGACCAAAAGCUUACCUUCGCAAACUAUAGGCAUUGCACGUAACGCUUUGCAGGCGCAUCAACAACGUUGCCUGGAAUUUAACACACCAACCUCACCAUUAAUAAUGAAUUGCUUAACUGGUUCUGAACGAUCAGAACUUAUUGCCAUAGCAAUUUGCGCUAUCUUAGCUUUACAAACGGCUCGACCAGUACUCAUAAAUGUCGUUGAUAUUUGGUACCGUAUAUGCAUGCAACGGCAGAAUGCUUUGCGUGACAUGGAGACUUUGGAGCAAUCAAUGCAAAUUGUUCUCAAUCAUGCGCAUGAUGUACUCAAUAAACGCGGCAUAAUGACCUCUUAUCAAAUGAAGAUUGCACCCCAGAUUGCUUCAAAGGAGAAGGAAGAAAUUAAAGAUCCACUAAACGAGCUCGAUCCAUUGUGGAAAAUGAAGUAGAUAUAAGGGCGCGCACUCCUGCUGCAUAUGCUAGACGCCGCUUUGACUGAUCGUGGCAAACUUUUAGGCUUUACGCUUUGCCCAUGCGAUUCAAUCGAUUAGAACUGAACAAAGAAAAAUGCAAUUUGUAACGCAAAGUAAAAAACCAUGGAAAUCACUGUUAAAAACCAAGUAUUUUUAUUUAAACAACAAAAACAAAAACAAAUUAUCUAAUUACAAUCGACGUUAUUAAACAUCAAAUGUUACAUUUCAAAUUACAUAAACUUCAAAACUAUUUACUAUUAUUAUACAUACAUAUUUAUAAACAUAUUCGACGAAUGCAAAAUAAAUUUAAAUAUUAAAAACGUA